AUGCCGGUCCGCGGCACGCCCCCGCCGCCGCUGUCGAUCAACGGCCACCGCAUUGUCAACGCCGAGUCCGGCAACCCUGUGGCCCUGCGGGGCCUCAACUGGUUUGGCUUCAACGUGGGCAUGGGGAUGGUGGACGGCCUGUGGGCUGGCGGCACAGAGGCGGCAACGGACUUUGCCCUCAUCACAUACCAGAUCCGGCUGCUGGGCUACAACGCGGUGCGCCUGCCGUUUACCUGGAAGGACCUGGAAAUGCCCCCUAAGGUGCUGGACAAGGACUGCAGCCCCGUGAACGUGAACUUCCUCAAGCGCCGCCUCAUCAGCCCCAACGUGAUGGAGAAGUACAUAAGCAAGCCGCUGCCGGGCAACGUGUCGCCGCAGAAGAAGAUGAAGGCCGGCUACUGCAACCAGUACCUCCCCCAGAAGAGCAACUACCACCGGUUGUUCUUCGUGGUGCAGUCCCUCAUCGCCCAGGGCAUAUACGUCGUGCUGGACUACCAGCCCAUGGGCCUGGAGCAGCACCCCUACGAUUUGAAGCUGUUUGUGGACAAGUGGACCGACCUCUGGCGCCAGGUGGCGUGCCUGCCCAACUUCGACGCGGACCUGGCGAACCGCGUGUUUGUGGACGUAAUGAAUGAGCCGGACUCGAUGGGCGUCCGGUGGGAGGCCAGCGGGGGCCGCCCCGGGGCGCAGCAGCUGUACCUGUCGACGGCGGACUCUAUCUGGCAGACCACGCCCAACAAGGUCAUGUUCAUGUUUGAGGGUGAGGGGGGGGGCAGGGAGGCGCGGCGGCUGGGCUUUGGGGGGGAGUUGCGGCGGCGGCACGGCAGCUGGGCUGGGCUGGGGAGUGAGGGGGUGACGGGCGAGGGAGCGGCGGAGGAGCAGCGACUGCUGGGCUGGGGAUUGAGGGAGGGCGGCACAUCCCCAUGCAUGGCGCUGCGGGUUGUUGAUAGAGCGCUGAGCGGCUUUGGCCUGAACUGGGGCAACGGCUUUGUGACAGACCAGGAGGUCAUCCGCAACAGGGGCCUGUCCGACGUGACGCCCUUCUUCAACGAGCUGCUGACUAAGAGCUACGUGAACAAGGUGGUGAUCACGCCCCACGUGUACCCGCCCACCAUCACCCACGCCACCUUCCUGGGCACCACCCUCUGGGACCAGUGCCGCACCGCGUUCGGGUACCUGCAGGACAAGGGCUUCUGCCCCGCCAGCGGGGGCGACUGCAAGGUGUUCCCGAUCCUCAUCGGUGAGACGGGCUCGGCCUUUGAGACGUCGGAUGACAAGCAGUGGCUGCAGGACUUUGCGGACUACAUGAACGCGGAGGGCGAGGCUGCCAAGUACACGAGUGUCCCUGUGAACGGCUGGAACUGGUGGGCCUACAACGAGAACAGCGGCGACACCGGCGGCAUCGUGUACCACUAUUGGCAGGACAUCAACUGGGCCAAGGUGAACUUCAUGGUGGCGCGCUUUGGCCUCCGCCCCUGGUACCUCAGGUGGGAGUCUGCCCAGGCAGCUGCUUCUGAUGCGCGGUGCAGCCUGCACUGGACGCCUUGGUCGCUGAUGUUGCUGCCCGGGUGCUGCAUCCUACAGUAG